CGAAUACUCGUCUUUCUCGCUCUACACCUUUCACUAACUCACAUCUCCGCUCCUUUUCUUUUUCUUGUUGCCGAGUGGGUGGUUUUUGCAGCAGUAUAGACCUGCAAUCUCCCAGAGUUGGAUCGCCUUCGACACCCGAACCCGAUCGUCGCGCGAAAAAAAAUCCCGACUGCUCCUCUCGCAACUCAGCCCCCGCAACGAACGUGCCACGAGGCCAUGCCUCACCACGAGUCGCCUCCAAUGUUGCCAGUCAUGGUGAGCAGCAAGUCUGCUGCUCCGGCUCCUGAAGACGUUGCACAAAUCACCAACACCAUAUACACAGCGAAGCAGUCACAGCAGUCGCUCGACGCCGCUUACGCCCUGACCGAUGUUCUUCUCAACAGCGUCGGAGCCCGCGGACUCGCGGCGUACGGCAUAAUUCCAGAGAUUAUCAAGGCUGCAACGAACAAGAAGGAUGCCGCAAAACGUGAGGGCGCAAUGUUUGCGCUCGGCGCCAUUUUUGAACGAUUCCCACCGAAGAGCAGGCUUAGCGAGGUGAUUUUCCUGGUACAAGAGCCAGGCUUAAUUUCGUGCGCGCUAGAUGCGCUGGCGGACAGGCAGUCUUCGGUCAAGGAGGGCGCGAAAUAUGCUCUGGAUGCGCUAUAUGGACACCUGUCGGCUGAGGCGAAGGUUUUCGGGCUGAUGCCGACGGUCAUGGAGUAUCUCCGAAAGGUCACUGGAAAGUGGCAAGGUGCCGUUGCAGGCCUUGAACUCCUCGGCCGCAUGGCAGAUGAUGCAAAGAUGGGCAUGGAGAGCCGUGAGGUGGAACAGAGCAAAGACGUACUCCGUGAGGCCAUGGGCAGACAGCUGGCGAGCCUGAUACCCAUCGUGGAGGCGGGAAUGCACGACCUGAAAGCAGAGGUCACGAAGCAGGCCCUCAAGACCAUGAACAGCCUGACUGAGUUGCUCCAGAACGACGAUGUCGCCCCAAGAAUACCACUCUUGGUGAAGAGCAUCGAGGAUCCUAGCAUGGAGGCGUUGAAGAAGGCUAUUCACGCUCUGAGCCAGACCACCUUCGUAACGGUCGUUACAUCGCCUGUUCUUGCACUGAUCACACCUAUCCUGGAGCGUGUUCUCAACAACCCAUCCACAACGCAAGAAGUGCUUCGUCAGACCGCCGUUGUUGUGGAGAACUUGACGAAACUCGUGCACGAUCCAGUGGAAGCACGUACUUUCCUACCUAAGCUGAAGCCUGGUAUUCAAGGCAUCAAAGAUCGUGCUUCGCUACCCGAAGUCCGUGAAAUUGGUGCGAGAGCGUUGGCUGUCAUGCUCAAGGCCAUGGGUGAGAUUCAGACCGGCGACUCUACCAAAGCCGGCGCCAUCAUCGAGCGUACUAAGCCGGAGGAGGUCGAGGCUAUGCUUGAGACAGAGGUUCAACAGAAUGGCGGCCUUCUCAACUAUCCUGGCGAUACAGAGUUGUGGGCUCCAGCUAAGCGCUACGUAUCAGCGAUUGUUGCUGAGGAUGUCAACCAACGCCUCCUCGAGCGUGUCACUCGCAACAUCGUGCCUUACCUCCAGCCUCUUUUGGAGCCGGGCAAGGCUGAAGCAGUUGCAGAGAACUUGCACAAGCAUUAUGUUGCCGAGGAUGAGCGCAAAUAUGGAGAGCCUGUCAAGGAGGAUGACGGCGAAAUUGAGAUUGUGAACGCGAACUUCUCUCUUGGAUACGGAGGCAUGCUGUUGCUGUCUCAUACCAAUAUGCGAUUGCUCAAGGGACAUCGCUAUGGCCUGUGCGGUCGCAACGGAGCUGGAAAGUCAACACUGAUGCGAUCGAUCGCAACAGGCAAGCUCGAUGGUUUCCCACCUCAAGACGAGGUCAAGACAUGUUUCGUUGAGCAUAAUCAAGGCGAGGAUGCGGAGAUCACCAUCUUGGAAUACUGCCUGAAGGACCCCGAGAUCCAGAAAGAAGGUCAGGAACGCAUUGAGAAUGUCUUGGAAGAGGUCGGGUUCACCAGAGGCCCCGAGGGUCGACAACAGCAAAAGGUUGGCAGUCUGUCUGGAGGAUGGAAGAUGAAGCUUGCGCUGGCCAGAGCGAUGUUGAUGCGUGCUGAUGUCUUCUUGCUGGACGAACCGACAAACCACUUGGACGUUGGCAACGUCAAGUGGCUGCAAGACUAUCUCAAGACGCACACUGAUAUCACUUCUCUUAUCGUGUCUCACGACUCUGGCUUCUUGGACGAAGUUUGCACUGAUAUCUACAACUACGAGAACAAGAAGCUGGUCCACUACAAGGGUAACCUCGCAGAUCUGGUCAAGGUCCGACCUGAAGCAAAGAGUUACUACACUCUGUCAGAUUCGCAGGUCUCCUUCAAAUUCCCACCUCCUGGUAUCUUGACUGGUGUCAAGUCCAACACAAGAUCUAUUCUCCGCAUGACAGACUGCUCCUUCACAUACCCAGGAGCCAGCAAGCCCAGCUUGCAGAAUGUCACAGCCCAACUUACCCUGAGCAGCAGAGUUGCCAUCAUCGGGCCUAACGGCGCUGGAAAAUCUACGAUGAUCAAGGUGCUUACCGGCGAGGUCAUUCCUCAGACUGGUCGGGUCGAGAAGCACCCCAACUUGCGUAUCGGUUACAUUAAGCAGCACGCUCUUGAGCACGUUGAAAUGCACCUUGAGAAGACGCCAAACCAGUACCUACAAUGGCGAUACGCUCAUGGCGACGACCGUGAAGUACUGAUGAAGCAGACUCGUAUCUUGACCGACGAGGACAAGGCACAAAUGGAGAAGUGGGUCGAUAUUGGCGACGGUCGUGGGCAAAGACAGCUGGAAGCUCUUAUUGGUCGCCAGAAGUACAAGAAAACGUUCCAAUACGAGGUGAAGUGGAAGAACUGGCUACCAAAGUACAACACCAUGGUCUCGCGUGAGACACUGUCGGAUCUUGGAUACCAGAAGGUCAUUCAAGAGUUCGACGAUCACGAAGCAAGCAGAGAAGGUUUGGGCUUCCGUCAACUCGAGCCCAAGGUCAUCUCCAAGCACUUCGAGGACGUCGGCCUUGACCCAGAGAUCGCCAACCAUAAUGAAAUCUCAGGCCUCUCCGGUGGCCAAAAAGUCAAGGUUGUACUUGCCGGUGCCAUGUGGAACAACCCGCAUUUGCUGGUGCUGGACGAGCCAACCAACUUCUUGGACCGUGACUCGCUCGGAGGUCUCGCCGUUGCCAUUCGUGAUUACAAGGGAGGUGUGGUCAUGAUCUCUCACAACGAGGAGUUCGUUGGCGCGCUUUGCCCAGAACAGUGGCACGUUGACAACGGCCGCCUCACACAGAAGGGCCACCUUGCAGUGUCCCUUGACCGAUUUGAGGAUUCUCGGCCUGGAAGCUCGCUCGCAUCCUCUGCUGCGCCAUCUACCGCUGCCUCGUCAGCGGCGCCAAGCACAACUGGUACCCCAAUCGGCAGUGGAGCGCAAAGUGAGGACGACAGUCCCAUGAAGUUCAAGGCUGCCAAAAAGAAGAAGAUGACCAAGAAGGAUAAGAAGGAGCGUGAGGUGCGAAGAAGAUUGAGGCACAUUGAAUGGUUGAACAGUCCAAAGGGAACACCACAUCUCAAGGACACUGAUGACGAGGACGAGUAGAGCUGGAAAAGUAAGUUUUGGUUUAUGUUGCAUGGCGCUCGGCAUAGCGAGUAAUCGUUGUCCAUCAUCACGAUGUGGUGUGAGUGCAUGAGGCGUCCGGCGUUGCGUUUGCCUCGCGAGAUUUGCAGAUUGAUGAUACCUCAGGGUCGGUAGUGUCACAGUUGACGAUGAGAUUUACGUGCAUGGGAGGCGUUCAUACAGCGUAGCUCGAUAGAAUGAUAGAUGACCGAGUAAUGGACUUGCGAACAGUACCUGCA